GAGCUGACGGUGAGCUCAAGUCUAGGUUCCGUGAAGCCUGUUCCACAGAACGAGCGCAGCAUUGCACAGCCAGCCCUGCAAAAACGUAGAAAGAGCGCACAUUCUCUCCUCACAGGCAGAUUAUUCCAACGCGCAGUCCAGCUGGUCCGUUUUCCUCUUCAAUUUAAGAUCUGCAGCGAUGGCCACUGCAGCACAAGUGACCAUUGGGUCUGUUCUGAGCAGCUUCUCUAGCUCGACGGCAAUUCAAGAGAGGCACUUCUCAGCUAAGCAUGCCCUUCCCAGCCAACUCCUAGGUUCUUCAUUGCAGGCUUCUUCAAAAGCUCUCCCAAAAGGUCGUGCAUGCAGGAAAAGCUUUGUGAUUGCAGCCAGCGCAAUUGAGGGCCCUAGCACAGCAACAGCCGGAGGCAGCGGGCGCGAAUUCGAGAGCGCGCCAAAGCAACAGGGGGACGUUUCCGCUGCUUCACACAGCGGCUACCAGAACAAUCCGAAGGAGGUCACAAGCACCAAGCAGACCCCCACCUCUAGUUCCGAGCAGAAGCACAGUGAGUACAAUGAGGGGGAUGCGGUGAAAGUUCCCGUAGACUCUGAGCAGAAGCAUGCAGGAUAUGAGAACGAGGCGGAAGAUGCUCAUGCAGAAAAGGGGGGGGCACAGGGACAUGCCGCCUACAAGGAGGGUGAAACAAAGGAUCCCCAGGGGGGGCAAGCGGCUCAGUCGCAUGCAGGGUAUGAGAACCCCCCCAGACAGGCUGGCGGCGCUUCAAAACAGGGGCACAGCAAACAUCAAGCCUCAGGGGGCGGGAAUAUGAGCACAGUUUCUGACCUUUUGAGGGUGUCUGGUGUGAACAGCCCCGCGGGGUCCAGGUUUGGAGGCACUGGCUCCCAAAGGGGCACCACAUUGUCAAAGGGGGUGGGGAGAACUAGAGUGGUGGCAAGUGCGGCUGGGUCGGCGGUGGCGGCCUCUAGCCAGAAGCAGAGCCACGCAAUCAAAGCGCCUGCGACGGUGUUUGUGGCGGGGGCAACAGGGGCUACCGGACAGAAAGUCGUGAAGGCUCUUCUGGCCCGCGGUCUCCGCGUUAAGGCGGGGGUGAGGAAUGUUAACAGCGCUCGGGAGAAGCUCGGGCCCCCCAAGGACAAAGGUGACCAUUUGGAGCUGGUGGAAGCCAACAUCACUGACGGAGUAGAUGCUCUUGCGUCUGCUAUCAAGGGGUGCGAUGCGGUUGUGUCGGCGCUUGGCGCCCGCCCGUCGUUCAACUUCAAACAGCCCUGGGUGAUUGACUACCAAGCCAACGUCGAUUUGGCGGAGGCCUGCAAGAAAGUUGGUGUCAAGAAGCUCGUGGUAGUGUCAGCGCUGCUGACCAACGGGGCCAAGCUGGGGCAGUUUCUUAAUCCGGCGUUUAUCUUCCUUAACCUCUUCGGCUUGACCCUGGUUGCCAAGCACCGGGCAGAGGAGCACAUCUGGAACACCGAUCUGGACUACACCAUUGUGCGGCCCGGGGGUUUGGACCGGGCGGAGCCUGGGAGUAUCGUACUGGGAAAAGAAGACACCAUCUUCGGGGGGGCCGUGCCGCGGGAACAGGUCGCCGAGGUUGCCGCGGAGGCCCUGCUGUUGCCCGAGGCCUCGUACAAGGUGGUCGAAGUCAUUUCCAAGCAGGACGCGCCGCCCAAAAAGCUGCAGGACCUUUUCGCCGCGGUUCCCAGCGUGCCUCACUAGGCUGCCACGUGUCGGGUCCGGGUUGGUCACAGUCUCGUAGCGCCACGCUUUGAACGUCGCAAAGAGGGCAAUAAAACAAGAAAGUGUGCUAGACCGUAGUCGAGCUUUGUUACUUACUUCAUGCGACUAGUCUGUAGGUAGGGGCACGCGUAUGCGUACGUAGUCGCAAUUGUGUUGUACAGUAAGAGGGGCUCCUGCCUGAGUGUUUGAGCCGCGAUGAGAGGGUUGUGUGUUGCUUGGGAAAAAAGCGUAGUGCUGCAUCGGACUGGCACAGCGAAGCUAUGUUGCUGUAUUGUACUAUUGUAGCGAGCUUUGUGUUCCAUAGAAGGCGCGUUCAGAGAUUUUGACAGCUAGCAAUGACCGACUUGCAUCUCGAUCGAUUUUAUCAAGUCGUUUGGAUCUGUACACUAG